GAUAAUGUGUCAAUUUUUUUAUGUUGAGGUUAUGUUUUGAAGUAACAGUGUCAUACUUAUUAUUAUAAAGAACAUUUUAACAAAUGUAUUUAAAGAAAUGCUUGUUCAAGUUGAAUUCGGUCAUGUAAAGUAUUUCCGAAAGUUAUAAUAACAAAUUUAUAAGGUGGGCUUUUAGACUAAUAUUACCAAGCACAAGAGUACAAUAUUAAUCAACUACAAUGGCUGAGGAUAAUUCUUCUCAGCCGCUUGAAGAUGAUGUUGUACAAGAAGUCUUACGUACAGGAAAAGAUUUGCGGGAAUAUUCCAAACAGGUUGAAAAGGAACUAAAAGAAGUUGAAAACAAAUCCAUUCAAGAUUACAUUAAAGAAAGCCAGAAUAUUGUUAGUCUGCAUAAUCAGAUUACAGCAUGCGAUGACAUAUUAGAGCGAAUGGAAUCAAUGUUGAUGGGAUUCCAAUCAGAUUUGGGUAGUAUCAGCAGUGAAAUUGUCUAUCUUCAGAAGAAGUCUGUAUCAAUGAGUCAACAACUACAUAAUAGACAAGCUAUUCGUGGACAACUGAGUCAGUUCAUCGAUGAUAUAUCUAUUUCAAAAGGAUUGAUCAAUGCUAUACUUGAUUCUCCAGUUACUGAAAAGGAAUUUCUUACAAAUUUGAAUCUUCUCAACCACAAAAUUAAUUUUGUGAAGGAGCAUGGCUUCAAAGAAGUAAAAGCUUGUCAAGAUGUGAAGGACGAUUUGGAAAAGUUGAAGAUAAAAGCUGUCUCAAAAAUUCGAUCUUACCUGAUGGAGCAGAUAUCGAAGUUUCGUAAACCAAUGGCAAACUAUCAAAUACCACAAAAUGCGCUGCUGAAAUAUAAGUUUUUCUUUGAAUUUGCUCUUGCCAAUGAGAGGGCUGUAGCACAAGAGGUCUAUGCUGAGUACACUGAUACGAUGAGCAAAAUUUAUUUCUCGUACUUCAAAGACUAUUCGUCACGACUUAUGAAAUUACAGUACGAAGAAAGCGCUGGGAAAGAUGACUUGAUUGGUCAUGAGGAAGUCGGUCAGAGAGGCCUCUUCCACAAAGCUUCGUUGAAAAAUAAGAGCACAGUCUUCACGAUUGGCAACAGAGGCGAUGUGCUCACAACUCAGCUGGAAGCUCCAAUUAUCAUUCCUCAUUCGGCGCAAAAGAGUGAAGCCAAGUAUCCGUUCGAGGCAUUAUUCAGAAGUGAGCAGUUUGCUCUGGUUGACAACGCCUGCAGGGAAUACCUGUUCAUCUGCGAGUUCUUCAUGGUCCAAGGCAAGGAGGCCCAAAAGCUGUUCAAUCAGAUAAUGGGCAAAACUCUUACUCUGUUAGCGAAAAACCUAGAAACGUUUGUGCAGAACUGCUACGACACUAUCGCCUUGUUCCUUUGCCUGCAUUUGAUAAUGCAUUAUCAGCUGUUGUGUCAUAAGAGAGCUGUGCCUGCCCUCGAUGAUUACUGGGAGAAAAUGCAAUCAGUUAUCUGGCCAAGAUUUAAUUACAUCUUCAGAUUGAAUAUUGCGAGUGUUAAAGACUGCGAUCCAACAAAAUUCAACAAAGAAAUGAAGCCGCAUUACAUCACAAGGAGAUAUGCUGAGUUCAGUGCAGCAAUUGUUGGUAUAAGUGAAAAUUUUCCCAGCGAACUUGUCACUAAGCUGUGUGCAGAACUUCUUGAAGAAGUUGAAUUUUUCAUCCUACGAAUGGCUGCAAUUUUCCCACAGAGGAAGGAGCAACUGAUAUUCCAUAUUAACAACUACGAUAUGAUUCUCAGUGUACUGAUGGAACACACCAGAGAUAGUUCAAGGGAAGCCGAACAUUUUCGUGAGCAAUUGAGUCAGUGGAGCACUGAGUAUGUUGAGGAGAUUCUGUCUCCUCAUUUCGGUGGAAUGAUUCAGUUUGUCAAGGAAGGCGAAGCAAUUGUUGAGAAAGGACAAUCUGACCAGCUCAAGAAACAAGAAAGUAAAUCACUUGCCCUGGUCCAGUCUUUCUCAUCGGGCUGGAAACGUUCCCUAGAAGUGAUCAACCAGGAGGUUCUCUCUUCAUUCCCAAGCCUUCUUACCGGCUCGACUCUUCUGCAGCUGGCUUUCACUCAACUCGUGCAAUACUACCAUCGCUUCCACAAGCUGCUCACUCCCACUGCCAAAGCGCAACUCACCAACAUACAUCACAUUAUGGUUGAAAUAAAAAAGUAUAAAACGUCUUAUUAAUAGAAAUAACCGUUAUGUGGUAAGAUAUUGUCAAUAUAAAUGUAUUAUACACCUAGCUUUUAAAAUAAAUAUAAAUUAUCCAGCCUAUUAAGGUUU